GGCUCCUUCUACGUCGGCGAGUGGCAGGGCGACAAGAAGAGCGGCUUCGGCACGCAGACCUGGACGUCCGGCGACAAGUACGAGGGCGAGUGGUCCGACGGCAAGCAGCAGGGCAAGGGCAGCUUCUGGAAGAAGGAGAACGGGCGCCUGCGCAAGCGCUACGCCGGCGACUGGGUCGGCGGCCAGCGCACGGGCCUGGGCGUGCUCGUCUACAAGAACGGCGACAAGUACGAGGGCGAGUGGGCGCGGAACGAGCGCCACGGCAGCGGCAACAUGUCGUACGCGGACGGCGGCCACUACGAGGGCGGCUGGGUCGCGAACAAGCGCGCGGGGCUGGGCAUCUUCCGCCUCGCCAACGGGGACCGCUACGAGGGCCACUGGCUCAACGACGACAAGGAGGGGCCGGGCCGCUACUUCUACAAGUCCACGCGGAAGGUCUACGAGGGCGAGUGGGUCGCGGGCGUGCCCCGCUGCGGCGCGUUCCGCGAC